AUGGCUAUCAAUGAUUGUGCUCUUACCAUUGCAGGCGCAAUGGCAGAAAAUUGUGUUGAUCCAGUUCUGCACCAAUGUCAGUAUUUGUUUCGCUACAGAAGCAACGUUCUAACUCUGAGGGAUGAGAUAAAAAAACUUGAACUAAAGAAAGCCGAUGUGCAACAAUUAGUUGAUGCAGCAAUUAACAAUGGUAAAUCAAUUAAACCAAUUGUCAUUGACUGGCUAAAACAAGUUGACGAUCUAAAGAAAGAGGCAGACGCCAUUUUUAGGCAUAUGGAAAAUGUCAAGAUGAAUUGCCUUAAUGUCAGGCUUCCAAAUUUGAAGUCACAUUAUUUGCUAGGCCGAGAUGCUGACAAAAGAAAAAAUGCUGCUCAAAAACUUCUGAGCGAGGGGCAAUUUGAUGAAGUUGGAUACACUGCUCCAUUAGAGAAAAUGUCUUUUAGUGAAUCAACCCUACCUUUAGAGGAAGGACUACCUACUCUGAUGUCAACAAAGAAGGAAGUGAUGAGAGUUCUAGAGCAGGACAAAACAAAUCUUAUUGUGAUUUGUGGUAUGGCUGGUGUUGGCAAGACUACCUUGGUGAACCAAAUUGCAGACCAGGUUAAGUAUGGAAAAUUAUUUUAUAAGGUGGCCAUGUUAACUAUGUCUAAAAAUCCAAGCAUGAGAAAUGCUCAAAAUCAGCUUGCUGAGCAGUUAGGGGUGCAAAUUCCGGCACAUAUUGAUGGUGCCAGAUUUGGACAAACAAUAUAUAAUAGACUAAGCGGGAGAGUUCUUGUUAUAUUGGAUGAGAUUUGGAAAGAAGUUGACUUCAAGAGUCUUGGGAUUCCUGUUAGCGAGACGAUAAACGUUAUAGUGACAUCUCAGUCCCCCUGUGUUUGCAGGAACAUGGGAGCUAAAAUUGUUGGGGUUAAUGCCUUGCCUGAGGAAGAAGCAUGUUAUCUUUUUAAAGCGGUUGCAGGAAUUUCUGAUGAUUCCGUUUUGAGUGAUGUUGCAAAACAGUUUGCAGAGGAAUGCAAAGGUAUACCUCUCGCGCUCGUUGUUGUCGCCAGGGAAUUAAGGACUAACUGUAAAACACUAAAAUCCUGGGAACUGGCCCUUGGACAGCUGCAAAAAUACACAUUCAGAGAAUUCGAAGGAGAAAAAGAUUUGGUGUAUUCAAUAGUUGAGUGGAGCUACGACAAUUUGGAAAGUGUCGAGGCUAAGUCACUGCUUUUGCUUUGCAGUUUGUUUCCAGAAGAUUAUAGCAUUCCAGUUGAAUGUUUGGUCAGGUACGGCAAAGGGCUAGAAUUGUUCAACGAGAGAGACACGUUAGGUGAUGUAAGAUGCAGAGUAGACGUGCUUGUUAAUGACCUCAGGAGUUUAUUGGGGAAAUCGGGUAAUUUCCCACUCAAAAUUACAACUAGUGAUUAA